AUGUCGAAUCAAGACUACUACGGUUCCUCUUCUGGGAACAGCUACGGCAACCAGGGCUACAACCAGCAGCAAAACUAUGGCGGCGGCUAUCCCCAGCAGCAGCAGUACAACCAGCAGCAGCCUCAGUAUGGUGGCCAGCCCCAGUAUAACCAGCAACAGCCGCAAUACGGCGGUGGCGGCUACAACCAGCAGCAGCCCCAGUACGGCCAGCACCAGCAACAGCCACAAUACAGCGGCGGCCAACAGGACAGCUACUACAACAACAACAACAACAACCACAGCCAGUCCCCCUACGAUAACCGCGGCACAUCGCCUCACCCUCCCCAGCCUCAGUACAGCAGCAACAACAACAACCAAGGCGGCCCGUACGGCCAGCCUAGCUACGGCGGCUCUCAAGGUGGCCCAUACGGUGGUGGCCCUGGCGGCCCCGGCGGGCCUGACGGCGAAAAGGGCCUCGGCGCAACGCUGGUAGGCGGCGGUGCGGGCGCCUUUGCUGCUCACAAGGCCGGCUCCGGUACAUUGGGUGCGAUUGGUGCUGCGGUGGUGGGUGCGAUUGGUGCCAAUAUUGUCGAGCACAAGUUUAAGAAGCACAAGAACCACCGCCGCCGUGGAAGUGACAGCUCCUAA